AUUUUUUUUUUUUGUUUUGUAUUUAAAGUCAGUAAAUCGGUUAUAAUGAAAAAAUGGUGGAAUUGGUUUCUUGCGUUUGCGUUACUGAGCUUGUUAUUUGUUGCUAUACCUCUUACAUAUCCGAGGACGAAAAAUAAGGAGGAAUUACGACCUAUGUUCGAUAGUUAUAUAGAAAAGUUUAAUAAGUCGUAUAAGAAUAAUCCCGUGGAAUAUGAAACGAGGCUGGAACACUUUUGUGCAUCAGUUCAAGAGAUAGAUACAUUAAACGCAGCAUCUCGAGGUCCAAUCCACCUUAGAGCCAAAUAUGGCCUAACAAAAUUAUCAGAUAUGUCGAAAGACGAGUUUCAUGAAAUCCACUUGUCCGAUGAGAAACCUCAUCACAAUCGUAAUCGGAGGUUAAGACAGAGUUGGAAACAACACGACAAGAAUUAUAAAUAUGAUGAUAAAAGUGAUUCUAGUUCUGCUAAUUAUAUUAGAAAGAAGAGAGCUGUUCUUCCACAACGUGUUGAUUGGAGGGAGAAAGGCGUGAUAGGUCCAGUACGAGAUCAGGGUCGCUGUGGAGCAUGCUGGGCGUUUAGCACCAUAGGCACCAUGGAAGCCAUGUCCGCCAUCAACACUGGCAAGCUUAACACUCUCAGUGUGCAGGAAGUAAUCGACUGCGCUGGCCUUGGAAACAGCGGUUGUUUGGGUGGAGAUAUCUGCCUUCUUCUAGAUUGGCUCAUGAUAACCAAUACAGCAGUUCAGUUGGAUAAAGAUUACCCUCUGCAGUUAACUAGCGGCGUCUGUAAGAAGAAUGAUAACGCAACGGGCGUGCGAGUUAAGACGUUUACCUGCGACGACAUGAUCGGAUCAGAAGAGAAGAUUCUUGAGAUGAUAGCGACCCAUGGUCCAGUAACAGUGGCCGUGAACGCACUGACGUGGCAGAACUACCUCGGUGGCGUCAUUCAAUACCAUUGCAGCGGGAGCCCCAUGGACCUGAAUCAUGCAGUGGAGCUGGUGGGCUACGAUUUGACUGCAGAAGUUCCCUAUUAUAUUGCCAAAAAUUCGUGGGGAAAAAGUUUUGGAAUCGAUGGCUACAUAAAACUAGGAGUCGGUAGUAACAUCUGUGGACUCGCCGACGAAGUUGCCAGUAUCGAUAUUAUAACAUAAUUAUGUAAAAUCUUGUGUUACCAGCGUAAUAUUAAUAAUUUCUUAUAUUUUUGUCGAAGACAGUGUCAUUACGUAUAGUACAGUAGUCGAAAAAUGAAACUAUACCGUAACUGCUAUAAUCUUCAUUUUAAUAUUUUGUUACAC